CACGCUCCCGGAGGAGCCGUCUCCGAGGCUGCUCUUCCUCGGCCAGACGGAGAGCGGCAGUGUCUCCCCGCCCAGCGCACACUCUCCCCGCGUCUCCCCCCGCGGCGGCUGCUCCUCCUCGGCACCGCCAGCCCCAGCGCCGCUCCGGGCGGGCGGCGGCGGCGGGACCCGCGGAGCCGCUUUGUGUGCAGCCCGACGAGGGGCGGCGGCGCAACCACCUGACAGAGGCCCGGACCCUCGAUGCACCUUCCGCCCGCAUGAGGAGGAGAGGCCGGUAGAGGACUGUGAAAGAAAAGUUGUCCCCCAGGAUGGACUUCUCCACGGCGCAGUCCAAGCCUGCCACUGCCCUCUGUGGCGUCGUGAGUGCUGACGGGAAGAUCGCUUACCCGCCGGGGGUAAAGGAGAUCACCGACAAAAUCACAACGGAUGAAAUGAUCAAAAGACUGAAGAUGGUAGUAAAAACUUUUAUGGAUAUGGAUCAGGAUUCAGAAGAUGAAAAACAGCAGUAUCUUCCACUAGCCUUGCAUCUUGCAUCUGAAUUUUUCCUCAGGAAUCCCAAUAAAGAUGUGCGUCUCCUUGUAGCAUGUUGUUUGGCGGACAUCUUUCGAAUCUAUGCCCCAGAAGCUCCAUAUACUUCCCAUGAUAAGCUUAAGGACAUAUUUUUGUUUAUUACCAGACAAUUAAAAGGUUUGGAGGAUACAAAGAGUCCGCAGUUUAAUAGAUACUUUUAUUUAUUAGAGAAUUUAGCUUGGGUUAAAUCAUAUAACAUCUGCUUUGAAUUGGAAGAUUGCAAUGAAAUUUUUAUUCAGCUUUUUAGAACUCUCUUCUCAGUGAUCAACAAUAGCCACAAUAAGAAGGUACAAAUGCACAUGCUAGACUUGAUGAGUUCUAUCAUCAUGGAAGGUGAUGGAGUUACUCAAGAAUUAUUGGACUCCAUUCUUAUUAACCUCAUUCCUGCACAUAAGAAUUUAAAUAAGCAGUCCUUUGAUCUUGCAAAAGUCCUGUUGAAAAGGACAGUCCAGACUAUUGAAGCAUGCAUUGCGAAUUUUUUCAAUCAAGUUCUGGUGCUGGGAAGAUCGUCAGUAAGUGAUUUGUCAGAACAUGUAUUUGAUCUGAUUCAGGAGCUUUUUGCCAUAGAUCCUCAUUUAUUAUUAUCUGUCAUGCCGCAGCUUGAAUUUAAACUGAAGAGCAAUGAUGGAGAAGAGCGAUUAGCUGUUGUUCGACUUUUAGCUAAAUUGUUUGGUUCUAAAGAUUCCGAUUUAGCAACACAGAAUCGUCCUCUUUGGCAAUGUUUUCUUGGACGAUUUAAUGACAUUCAUGUUCCUGUGAGAUUAGAAAGUGUGAAAUUUGCCAGUCAUUGUUUAAUGAAUCAUCCAGAUCUAGCAAAAGAUCUCACAGAGUACUUGAAGGUCAGAUCACAUGAUCCAGAAGAAGCUAUUCGCCAUGAUGUCAUUGUUACUAUAAUAACAGCUGCCAAAAGAGACCUAACCUUAGUAAAUGAUCAGCUACUUGGUUUUGUAAGGGAAAGAACACUGGAUAAACGGUGGCGAGUAAGGAAAGAAGCAAUGAUGGGUCUGGCUCAGCUGUAUAAGAAGUACUGUCUUCAUGGUGAAGCAGGAAAGGAAGCUGCAGAAAAAGUCAGCUGGAUAAAGGACAAACUUUUGCAUAUUUAUUAUCAGAAUAGCAUCGAUGACAAACUAUUGGUAGAGAAAAUCUUUGCUCAGUACCUUGUCCCCCACAACCUGGAAACAGAAGAGAGAAUGAAAUGCUUAUAUUACUUAUAUGCUAGUUUGGAUCCAAAUGCUGUCAAAGCACUCAAUGAAAUGUGGAAAUGUCAAAACAUGCUUAGAAGUCAUGUACGAGAACUACUGGAUUUACAUAAGCAGCCUACGUCAGAGGCUAACUGUUCCGCCAUGUUUGGAAAACUGAUGACCAUAGCAAAGAAUUUGCCUGAUCCUGGAAAAGCACAAGAUUUUGUGAAGAAAUUUAACCAGGUUCUUGGUGAUGAUGAGAAAUUGAGGUCUCAGUUGGAGUUAUUAAUCAGUCCAACGUGUUCGUGCAAACAGGCAGAUGUUUGUGUGAGAGAAAUAGCUCGGAAACUUGCAAAUCCUAAGCAGCCAACAAAUCCUUUUCUAGAAAUGGUCAAAUUUCUGUUGGAAAGAAUUGCACCUGUGCAUAUUGAUUCAGAAGCCAUAAGUGCACUAGUAAAGUUGAUGAAUAAAUCAAUAGAGGGGACAGCAGAUGAUGAAGAGGAGGGUGUAAGUCCAGAUACAGCUAUUCGCUCAGGACUUGAACUUCUUAAGGUUCUGUCUUUCACACAUCCUACCUCGUUCCACUCUGCAGAGACAUAUGAGUCCCUGUUACAGUGCCUCAGAAUGGAAGAUGACAAGGUAGCAGAAGCUGCUAUACAGAUUUUUAGAAAUACAGGUCACAAAAUAGAAACAGACCUACCCCAGAUACGAUCGACCUUAAUUCCCAUUUUGCAUCAGAAAGCGAAGCGAGGUACUCCACACCAAGCAAAACAGGCUGUUCAUUGUAUUCAUGCUAUAUUCACAAAUAAGGAAGUCCAGCUUGCACAGAUUUUUGAGCCACUCAGUAGGAGUCUGAAUGCUGAUGUACCAGAACAACUUAUAACUCCAUUAGUUUCACUGGGCCACAUUUCUAUGUUAGCACCAGAUCAAUUUGCUUCCCCAAUGAAAUCUGUAGUAGCAAAUUUUAUUGUAAAAGAUCUGCUAAUGAAUGACAGGUCAACAGGUGAGAAGAAUGGAAAAUUAUGGUCUCCAGAUGAAGAAGUUUCUCCUGAAGUACUUGCAAAGGUACAAGCAAUUAAACUUCUGGUAAGAUGGCUGCUGGGUAUGAAAAACAACCAGUCUAAAUCUGCCAAUUCAACUCUUCGGUUAUUAUCAGCAAUGUUGGUUAGUGAAGGUGACCUGACAGAGCAAAAGAGGAUCAGUAAAUCUGAUAUGUCUCGCUUGCGAUUAGCUGCUGGUAGUGCCAUAAUGAAGCUUGCUCAGGAACCUUGUUACCAUGAAAUUAUAACUCCAGAACAGUUUCAGCUUUGUGCACUUGUUAUUAAUGAUGAGUGCUACCAAGUAAGACAGAUAUUUGCUCAGAAGUUGCAUAAGGCGCUUGUGAAAUUACUGCUCCCAUUGGAGUAUAUGGCGAUCUUUGCCUUGUGUGCCAAAGAUCCUGUGAAGGAGAGAAGAGCACAUGCACGGCAGUGCUUGCUGAAAAACAUCAGCAUACGCAGGGAGUACAUUAAACAGAACCCCAUGGCUACUGAGAAAUUACUAUCACUGUUGCCUGAGUAUGUAGUUCCAUAUAUGAUUCACCUGCUAGCCCAUGAUCCAGAUUUUACCAGGUCACAAGAUGUUGAUCAACUUCGUGAUAUUAAAGAGUGCCUGUGGUUCAUGCUGGAAGUUUUAAUGACAAAGAAUGAAAACAAUAGCCAUGCCUUUAUGAAGAAGAUGGCAGAGAACAUCAAGUUAACAAAGGAUGCCCAGUCACCAGAUGAAUCUAAAACAAAUGAAAAACUUUACACAGUAUGUGAUGUGGCUCUGUGUGUUAUCAAUAGUAAAAGUGCUUUGUGCAAUGCAGAUUCACCAAAGGAUCCAGUACUUCCAAUGAAGUUUUUUACACAACCUGAAAAGGACUUCUGUAAUGAUAAGAGUUAUAUUUCAGAAGAGACAAGAGUCCUCUUGUUAACCGGAAAGCCAAAACCUACUGGAGUAUUAGGUGCAGUAAACAAGCCUUUAUCAGCAACAGGAAGGAAACCCUAUGUUAGAAGCACUGGUCCUGAGACUGGAAGCAAUAUUAAUGUAAAUUCAGAGCUGAACCCUUCGACUGGAAAUCGUUCAAGGGAACAGAGUUCAGAGGCAGCAGAAACUGGAGUUAGUGAAAAUGAAGAAAACCCUGUGAGAAUUAUUUCCGUCACUCCUGUAAAAAAUAUAGACCCGGUAAAAAAUAAGGAGAUUAAUUCUGAUCAGGCUACCCAGGGCAACAUCAGCAGUGACCGAGGAAAGAAAAGAACAGUAACAGCAGCUGGCACAGAGAACAUCCAACAGGAAACAGAUGAGAAGGCAGAUGAAUCAGGACCACCCACCCCUUCAAAACCCAGGAGAGGGCGUCGACCCAAGUCUGAAUCUCAGGGCAAUGCAACCAAAAACGAUGAUAUAAGUAAACCUCUUAGCAAGGGAAGAAAGAGAGCUGCAGUCAGUCAGGAGAGCCCUGGCGGCUUGGAAGCAGGUAAUGCCAAAGCACCCAAACUGCAAGAUGUAGCCAAAAAGGCAGCGCCAGCAGAGAGACAGAUUGACCUACAAAGGUAAAAAGAAAAAUCAUUUGCAAAGGGAGAAAAUGAAGGCCAAACAGAAGCAGACUCCAGCUUCUGCAAAACCUUGGAUUCAAAACGUCCCUGAACAGGAAAUGAAGUUAACUUCAGACUACACACUUUCUGCCUUGAAAACUGAAAGAAACUAUACUUCCUUUCCACGUGACCACAAGUCCUUUGAUGGAAAUGUACAGCAGAAACUCUCGAGAGAGGCUAAAAGCAACUCUGUUCUACCUUCCCCCCUUCCAGACUUUUCUUCUGAAAAGUCAAUAAUUAAGCAAAUUGCUUAACACUUGGUUCCAGUUCUGCAUAUCUGGAGUUGAAAGGCAUAAUACACCAUUAAUUUCCAUGCUGCAGUUUUUAAUUUUUAAGAAAGUAACAGGAUGUCCUUACACUGACAUUGAAAAAAAUCAUCAGUUUUAGAGCCAGGAAUUCCCGUGUUACACAAGAAAAAAUAGAAGUCUACUGAAUUAAUUUUUUAGAAGAAAAGAGAUCAGAUUAAAUAUUUCUUUGUUUUUCCUUUUGGAAACUUUUAUGUAUAAUUCUUUCUGCCUGCCUACUUUUCUGCAAAAAUGAGAUGUACAGAUUUCAGUUCCCUGCUAUGAAAAGUGACGUGGUGGCAAUUUUAUAAAUGUCGCUUUCUGAUUUUUAUCAGAGUGAGAAGAUAAUUAAAAUUAUUAUUGAUUUCAUAUCACUUCAUAUUUUGAUUUCCCCUCCAUUUUAGUUAAUAUAAUUUGCAAUAAAUGUACAUAUUAUUGUUUCAUAAAGCAUAUCACUUUAAAAUGGUCUUUACUCCUGUGAUUAUGUUGGAAUAUUUGGAAUUUUAAAGGAGCAAAGACUGUCCAGCAUUUGGUUUUAUAAUGUUUGUCACCAGAUUUUUAUUAUUGAUGUAAAAAAAAAAGUCAAUUUUUUUAAAUAGUUGGAGUUCGGCAGCUUUGUGAGGAAAGUUGGAGGUGUUAGGGUUGCUACCAAUUUUCAGCAUUGUGCUAUUGGAAAAAUAAGUGUUUUGCUUUUGUCUGCCAGUCUGGGCUCAGUUUUUCUGUUUAUUUUAGAAGACAACUGUUGCAACAAUAUAUUGUUUCUUGGCAUUGUUCAGCAUAGGCAGUGUGUACACUGUUGGUGUGCACAUAAUCAUAUUUAAGUUUUUUGCAUAAAAUAAAUGCUUAUAGAUGUCAUAUGGUAGUCUUUUUUAAUCUUCAUCAUGUUGUGAAUUUUUUAUGUGAAAGGGCUAAAGUCAUAAAGAGAACAUGAUUACAGUCAACUCUCCAUUAUCUAUAAAAUAGUGACUGCCUCGAGUUGUUAAUUUUGUGGUCAUCAUAAAUGUGAUAAAGGCAGACUACAGGAGCUAGGGCGGGGGGGGGGGGCCCUUCCUCAACACUCACUUGUAACCUGCCUCCACUCUCCAGUUUAGGUCCUUUCCUAAAGCCCUAGCAGAAUGUGCCCACUCCAUUUCCUGACAUACGCCUAGUGUCUGUCAGAGCAUGUAGAGGUUUUGUGUUAUGUCUUGUUAGGCUUUAGUCUAUAGAGAUGGAACAGUGCAAGGACGCUGGGUCAAAAAGAACAAUUGUGCCAUGGUGGCACAGGGGCUAAGCAUCAGCACUAUGAAGCUAACCGCAGGCACAAGCAGCCCUCUCCUGUCUCGCC